AUGCAAAAUUACUUCUCUUCAGACUUUCCUUUUGACUCGUCACUCUCAGGUAAUUCUCAAUCAAACAACUUCUUCUCUCAACAACACCAAGAAUUUAAUGACCUUUCUUCGAAUGAAUUUUCUUCACAGUCAUCAAACAAUUUUCCUGUGACAUUCCAAAACGACUUUUCUCAAUUUUCAAAUUUUGACCCUCAAGUUAAUCAACAGUCAACCCAACAAAAUGUUUUAUCAAAAGGUCCUGCAAAAUUUAAAUUUGAACCACCACCUUCUACAACUAAAAGAGGAUGUGCUGAUAUAAAACCUCCAACGACAAACUCCUCUUCUCUCAAUCCUGUUUCACAACAACAAACCCAAGUCCAACCACCGUCUUCAGAAAACCAAAAAACUGAAGACGUGCCACAACCAAUACAACCCCAAGUCAAAAAACAAUCUGCUAAUGAUCAUUAUAGUCUUUUAAGAGAAAUUGCUGCUGAGACACUAACCUCAAACAAUCUUGUUCAAACUGAAUCUUCAGCACAACAUACAGAGCAACAACCAUUUGAAUUUAAUAAUCAACAACAACUUAAUGUAUUUUCUAAUGACUUCUCUUUUGAUCAACAAACAGGACAACCAUCACAAGAAACAAUGGAGUAUCAGGCUGUUGAACAACAAUUAAAGUCUCAGAAAUCUGAAGAACCUAAAGUUGAAAUUAUGCCUCAAGUAACACAACCUCUUAAAACCACUAAAUUCAUACCACCACCAAAAACAUUACCACCAAGUGAAGGUGAAACGAAAACACAAGUACCUGUAGAGCAAAAAACUAAUGACAAUACUCAGUUUGCUUUUAGUUCUUUUGAAAAUGCCUUUUCAGGAGAUUUUUCAUUUGACACUCCAAUCGAGUCUCAUAAGGAAGAAAUUCAAUUUGAACAAAAGCCAAUAGAGUCUAAUGCACCUGUAAUGGCACAAGAAGAAAAGAAAGAAGUAAUCACAGAAAAUAAGCCAUUUGAUAUGAUGAAUUUUAAUGAGGAUGAAAAGAGAGAAGAACUUAAUCAAGCUAAACAGAAAAAAGAAGAGUUACAAGAGGAAAAAAGUCGUUUAGAAAAGGAAAUUCAAGAAUCUUCUCAAGACAUAAAGGAGAUUGACAACAUAAAAGAACUUCAAAGUGAAAAUGAACAGCUUCAAAGAGAAAUUAAUGAGAUGAAAAAACAAAUUCAAAGCAUAAAAGAAGAAAAAAGCAAACGAGACGAAGAAACCACUCGACUUAUAAAAGAGAAUAAUGAAAUGAAAAAACAAAUUAAUGAUUUAAAACAAAAACUAAGAGACAUGAAGGAAAAAGAAGAAGUUGAAAAGAAAGAUAAUGAAACCAAAAAACAAGAAAAUACUGAACUUAAAGAAUAUUCAAAUGAAGGACAACGUCUUGUUCAAGUAAAAGCAAUGGGUGGUAUUGUGGAAGACCAAGAAAUUGAUUCAUUCAUUUCACAUGAAAUAAAAUCAGAAGAAGAAAUAUAUAAUAGAACAAGUGAGGUGAUAGAAGAAAAGAAGCAACCAGAAGAAAAUCCUUCACAAGAAAUUAUUGAUCAAAUAAAACAAAUGUUAAGCGAUGGAUCAUAUAAGCUAGGUCCAUUUCUUAGCAGUUUGUUUACAGUUCAAGAUGAAGACUUUGAAGAUGAUAGAAAUGAGUUUCCAAUGCUUCCAUUUGCUUUACUUUAA